GCCCAGUCGCUAGCCGGGGCCCGCUCUGUUUGAGGCCUCCGGGAACUUUGAUUUGAGCCCCUGAAACCACUCCAUCCUGCCGGAUUCUAUCUGAAGCCAAAGACGUUGUACAGCAUUGUUCCAGGUUGGGAGGAAGAGCUCUCUCCGGCCCCGGGAAUCAGCGGGUGGGGAACAGAAGGCAGGCUAGCCCCGUUGGGGCCUGGUCCUGCCCUCCAGCAGCCAGAGGUUUGUUUCUGGGGCUUCGGCCUACUGGGUUUUGGCUCUGAAGCAGGCCCCCGAGCAACUGGGAGAAUAAUUUUCCCAGAAGGGGAGAGCACUCCAGUGGGGUGAAUCACUUGGAACAGAGCUGCCCAGCACAGGGUUUGUGCCUCCAGGCCUGGACACCCACUGCACAAGGAUUUCACCCAGAGACAGAUCCCCAGGGAUCUGGAUUUCAUCUUGCUGGCACCCCCAAACAGCAUGAGGAAGUGCCUGUCACCCCUCCAAUGCCUGGGAAAGACAAGGCCAGGGACGGGCAGUGUCCACCUUCGAUCCUGAGGAGAAACCAACCCCCAGGCCCAGCUGUGGGCAGCAGGCGGAAAGCAGAGAGGCGGGUCCGGUUCCUGGAGCCCGAGGCCAACACUGUGCACGAAUUCUUCGAAGACAACGUCGAGGUUCCGGCCCGGACCCCCGCUGGCCUCUCCCUACUUCUGAGGAUCUCCGUAUGCAUCCUGCUGCUUCUGGCCGGGGGGCUCUGCUACAGCCGGGCCCGGAUGGACUACCAGCCCGGGGAGGGCCUGCCGUCCCAGCUCCUGCUCUUCCUCAUUCAGCUGAGGAAGGCCGCGCUCACCUGUUGGGCCUGGUUAGGGCGGCAGUGACCGAGGCCCAGACGUCCCCCCGCCCCCCUCACAGCCCCGGACCAUUCAUUCAGUCGUAUUUAUUGAGAGCUGUGUGCAGAGCACUGCACUAAGCACUUGCACUGUACUAAGCGCUUAAGAUGGAGCCAGACAGGCCACCCAGCUGAGACUGCAGCGGGUGAGGCAGUCCCUCAUCCCUGCCAUCAGCAGGGCACCCUGGCCUUCUCUGAAUGGAGUCCUCGAACUGGGGGAAACUUCAGGUGAGGCUCCAAAAUCUGCUUCCGACACUUCUGAAAUGCUUCUGAGUCACAGUUGUCAUCAUCGUCGUCGUCGUCAAUAUUGCUGAGUAAUUGCUGCAUUUAGUGCUCUGUAUUGGGCACCUACUGUGUACAGAUGACUGUACUGAGCACCUUCUGUGUGCAUAGCACUGUGAGUACCUACUGUGGG